UCCCGGUGGGUGCAGGUUGCUCGGGGCUCUGUGGUUGGACGGCGGCGCGGGGCUGUGGUGUCAGCUGAUGCAGCAGCAGCCACUACUCGCUUUUCUCUCUGUGCGCACAAACCUCUUGUAUUUUCAACCCGGAUGCUGAUCUGUGCCGUGACGGUGCUGCCCAGUGCGCAGCGCUGUGGGCAGAUUUCAGUACCCUUGAAGCGGACAGCUCUCCCCGGAUCCACACGCCCCUGAAACGCCGGGCUCCGCAUCCGAGUCCCUGGAGGGCAGCGCCGGGGGGAUCCCGAUUCACACACCCGAGACAGGGGGAGGGUGCACCCGCUACGUUAGAGGCUUACACCUCCCUGCUCUUGCAAAAAAAUCGUGACCACUCCGCACGCCGCCGUAGUGGAAGGGUGAGACCGAGGGAGGAAGGGGGGAGAGCAUCACCACAGAGAGGAGGAGAUGGCGGAGUGCGGCCGGAAGGCGCUGUCCCUCCUGGAGGCGGCCCGGUCCCGGUACGAGAGCCUGCAGAUAUCCGACGACAUGUUCGGGGAGUCCGGGGAUGACAGCAGCGACAACCCCUUCUACAGCACCUCCGGAGACUCCGACUCCGACAACUACAUCGCCGAGACGGGCGAGGGGGAGCAGCAGCAGCAGCAGCACCAGCAUAAGCGAGGCGACAGGGAGAGCGGCCACGGCGGGAGCAGCGGAGCCGGUCCCCCGGGGUCUCUGUCCCGGAGCCAGGCGGAGGAGGAGGGCUGGACGGAGGGGCUGCAGGAUGUCACGGUGCCGCCGUACAAAGACACAUACGGCCCGGCUCAGAAGAUGCCGGCCACCGCCACAGCCUUGGACUUUUUCCAGCUCUUCGUCCCGGACAAUUGCAUCCAGAACAUGGUCACCCAGACCAACAUGUACGCCAAGAAGUUCCAGGAGCGCUUCGGCUCAGACGAAGGCUGGCGUCCCGUCACGACCCAGGAGAUGAAGGCCUUCCUGGGCUUCGUCACCUCCACCAGCGUGCAACGCUGCGAGUCGGUGCUCAGCAUCUGGAGCUCAGGCUUUUUCAGCAACCGCAGCAUUGCCCUGAAGAUGAGCCAGGCGCGCUUCGAGAAGAUCCUCAAGUACUUCCACAUCGUGGCUUUCCGGCCGUCGCAAGGAAGCAACCAGGGCCUGUACAAGAUCCAGCCUUUCCUGGACUCACUGCAGCAGUCGUUCGGCUGCACGUUCAGACCGUCUCAGACUCAGGUUCUUCACGAGCCCUUGAUAGACGAGGAUCCCGUGUUCAUCACCACCUGCACGGAGAGAGAGCUGAGGAAGAGGAAGAAGAGGAAGUUCAGCCUCUGGGUUCGACAGUGCACCUCCACCGGAUUCAUCUGUCAGAUCUCUGUCCAUCUGAAGGACGGCCAGGGCACAGACGGUCUGGCCACCUUGAAGAACAAGCCUCAGCUCCACAGCCUCGUGGCCAAGCAGCUCUGCCAGAACAUCUCCGGCAAGAACACCAUCAUCUUCACCGGGCCGUCCAUCACGAGCCUCAGCCUUUUCACCGAAUUCAGCAAACAAGACAUCUUCUGCUGUGGUCUGCUGAGCACCAGGAAGAGCGACUGCACCGGCUUGCCUCAGAGCAUGCUGGUCUGCGGCUCCACGCCGGCGCAGCGCGGCCAAUCACGGGUCAUGAUGAAGGGCGGCAUGUCGCUGAUCAGCUGGUACAACAAGGGACACUUCAGGUUCCUCAGCAACGCCUACUCCCCAACUAAACAAGGUUUGAUCAUCAAGAGGAAAAGUGGGGAGAUCCCAUGUCCUCUGGCUGUCGAGGCCUUCGCCGCGCACCUCAGCUACAUCUGCAAAUAUGACGACAAGUACAGCAAGUACUUUAUCUUCCACAAGCCCAACAAGACCUGGCAGCAGGUCUUCUGGUUGAGCAUCAGCAUCGCCAUCAAUAACGCCUACAUCCUCUACAAGAUGUCGGAUGCCUACACGGUCGAGCGCUACAGCCGAGCACAGUUUGGAGAGAGACUGGUCAGAGAGCUGCUGGAUCUUGAUGACUGCUCCCCCACACAGUGAAGAGGAGGAAGAAGAAGAGUUGGAGGAGGACAACAAGGAGCGCAAAGCAAAACACACACACACACACACACACACACACACACACACACACACACACUCAGACACACACUCACACAAUCCCCACACAUGUAUUUACACCCUUCAUUACGGUUGUACAGACGCCGCCGUCUGUGUCUAUGUGAUAAUACUGAAGCAGUGCCAAGCCUGUGUCUCUCUCCCUCUAUAGUUGUUUUUUGUUGUACUGCGAAUAAUCAUUAACACAACGGCGACACACUCACACAUUAGAGAAUUAUGAGCCAUGGGACACCCGCCUCAGCUGCAACUUUCCAACACACACACAUUUACUGAGGAUCCAUCAGCAGGAGCAGUUUCACAAGCAGACAGAGGCAGGAACAGUGACACCGGGAAGAAUUCACUGUUUAAAUGAUGUCAGCAUCAAGUUUAAACUCUUAUUAAAGAGGGAAGUUAUCGGCGUGAGCCUGAAUCUCCUGUGUGACUCUUUAAACACAUCAGAAGGCUACUUGAUAUAUAACACACGCGACCCUGUAAAGCUUAGUAAACCAGGACUAUGGUGUGUUCACACGCUGCAUGCAUAAAGAAUCUGGAUUGUGAUGUUCUCUUGUUCGAUGUGAAAAAUGAUUUCUGCUCCAGGUGGGUUUUUUGGUCCCUGUGUAUUUCUUCAGCAAGUUGGAACUGCCAUUUGUGUGUGCGACUUUGAGCCUGGGGAUGUAUUUGUACGGCUAUUGUGACCCAAAUGUGUCGUGUUGCUGCAUAACGUGCUCGUCAGGUGAUGUAAAGCCACAUCCAGCAGUGUGCCGCCAAGUCACAGAUUCUCCUUCGAAAGAGAUAGAAAGACGAUUUUGUUUCAGAUGUUAUCAAACCCCUGAAAAGCUCAUUUAGGGGGAAUUUCUCUAAAACGAGGGGGAACGGUUUUGUUUAUUAAUAAAAUGAUCAAAAUCCUAAUCCCCAUCGCUCAUGUUGAGAGAAUUUGAAAAAUAGGUUAAAAAAAAAUCUAAUCUGAAACCUACUUUUGUACCAACGACACCUUUAUUGCCAGAUGAACUUGUGGUGUUUGCCCGUUUCAGGAGUUAUUGCUAUGCAAACUAACUGUGCUUCGGCUUUGUUCACAAGCUCCUUGAUUGGACGUUCAGUGAGCCUGCGUUGCUAGGCAACAAGUGCAUAUCUUGGCCAGUGGGCCGGGGGUUUGGACAAAUAACGUCGCUUGGCAAGAUUCACAUUCCAAAAAAAGAGUAAAAACUGAAUCCCGGGGGUUUUUGAGCUGUCCCAUUAAAGCAACAAAUCAUAACUUAGGGAAAAAAGCUUUGGGGGAAUAUUGUCGUACAGUGAUUUGCUUCCUCACCUCUGGUCUCAUCAAAAAAGAGAAUUAUUCAAUGAUUAAAAAAAACGCAGUUAUUUUAUCAGCACAUUUGCAAGAUGUAAUAUCAGAGGACUUAUGGACUUUGAAGAAUAAUCAGUUUCAAUCAGUGUGUUUCCCUGUGAAAUUGAAGCACAAAUGCCUUUCGGACAAUUAUUAGCGUGAACGUUGUCUUGUUCCCGUGACACAUGUCUUGUCACAUAACAAUUUCUAUCUUCCCCCUCUUGUCGGGCCGAUAAUACAAGUGUGAGAGAGAAACUCAACUCACUCCCUGUCCUCAGCCCACACUGCUGUCUGUAGCUUUAAAGAGGAUUUGAGUCCGAUUUGCUUUGUCCUGCGGUCGACACGUUCUCGUCACGCUGGAAUCAAGGUAUCGAUGUGCGCUUGCUCCGUCGGCAUGGUCAGACGUGUGAAUACAUGUUGCAGUAAGAAGACGGCCUCUACGCUGGCAGAGCCGUGUCAUUUAGUGAUGUGUCGGCAGGACUCACGCACUGUCCCACGUCACAGUCUUGCACUUUUGAGGAGAUUUGUAAAGAUGCCGACAUAUCUCUCUUGAAUCCGAUGAUAGUACAGACUGCUCUCAGAAGAAUCGAGAAAAUAUAACUGUACCUAGACACAUGAGAUGGAUUAUAUCAAAUGACACCGAUGAAAUAAAACUGAAUAUUAAUGACUGUAACCAAAACAGAAAAGAUCUCCACUGUAGAUUUAGAGUAUAUGGUCGAGUAUGUCUGUGUAUAUUUUGUUAAAACUGAGUGUAUGUCCAUUAUCACUCUGUCACUGAGACUCAAGAUUGUGAUUUUUCUUUUUUACUUUUUCACUAAUCCAAAGCAUUGUUGUUGUCAUUGUUGCUCUUGUGCGUAUGUUAGUGUGUGUGUGUUUGUGUGUGUGUGUGUAUGUGUCUAAUCACUGUUCACCUUGAAGUAACACUGUUAGUCUUAAAAGACUUUCCCUGUUAUGUCAUGUAUUUGUAAACCGAUGAUUUUAAUACACUUAUUUGAUGCCGACUAACUACACGCACUCGUAAUAAAUUGACUGGGUCAUAUUGUGAAACUGAAAAUA